AUGAUCGCCGCCUCACCGGUCUUGAUCGUCGGAGCCGGCCCCGCUGGACUGCUGCUGGCACUCUUCCUCGCGAAAAAGGGUAUUCGAACCAAAGUGAUUGAUUUGGCAAAGACACUGGACGAUCAACCGCGAGCGACACACUACGGAACNCCCGCCGUCCGCGAGCUCGCUCGUGCAGGUGUGUUGGACGACAUCCAAGCUGAAGGCCUGAUUUGUCGGAAAUUCUGCUGGCGCAAGCUCAACGGAGAAGUCAUCGCAGGUCUGGACAGCACCACUCUCGAUGGCACACUGGACCAAGUCACCUGUCUUCCCCUGAAUCGCGUCAGCAAGAUACUCGUCAGGCACCUUGAGAGAGAGCCGGCGGCAGAAAUCUCAUGGAGUCACAAGGUUGUCGACAUUGGACAGGAUGAGAAUGAAGCUUGGGUUGACACUGACGCUCCUGAUGGAUCCAAACGUCUCAGAGCAGAUUACAUCAUCGGAUGUGAUGGCGCACGAAGCAUCGUGCGAAGAAAGNNCUUUGGCGACAGCGAGUUCCCUGGACAUACACUGGAUGAACAGAUUGUGUCCACAAACACGUACUACGACUUCGAUAAACACGGCUACCAAGAUUCGAACUUCAUCAUCCACCCUGAGCAUUGGCAUAUGGUUGCUCGCAUAUCCAAUGAUGGUCUGUGGAGAGUCUCGUAUGGCGAGAUCGGAGGACUCUCUCAGGAAGAGAUCAUUGCUCGCCAGCCCGAAAAGUUCAAGCAUAUCUUGCCAGGCUAUUCUGGACCAGACUGUUACAAACUCGUGAACAUCAGCCCCUACCGUGUUCACCAACGACUGGCGAGGAAAAUGCGUGUUGGUUUGGGGCUCACUGGCGGAAUUGUCGAUGUCGGCGGCCUCUUCGAUUGUCUUCGCGGUAUCUACGAUGGCGUGGCCGACGACACCAUCUUAGAUGACUACAGCAGGAUACGGAGGGAGAAGUAUCUGUCGAUAGUUGAUCCUAUCUCGGUAGAGAACAUCCGCCGAUUGCACAGUCAGGAUCCCGAGACAGCGAUUCUUCACGAUGGCUUUUUGCAAAUGUGCAAAAGGCUGAAGAAGACCCUGAGUUUGCAAAAGUCAUGUUGA